AUGGGGCGGAAGAAGAAGAGAGGGUCUAGAGUCAAGCCCUUCUGCUAUUACUGUGACAGGGGCUUUGAUGAUGAGAAGGUGCUUAUUCAGCAUCAGAAAGCAAAACAUUUUAAGUGCAGCAUUUGCUGCAGGAAGCUUGAUACAGCAACGGGGCUGGCUGUGCAUCUGCUGCAGGUGCACAAGGAGCAGCUAGCAGCAGUGCCGAAUGCGUUACAAGGCAGAGACUCUGUGGACGUCAUUGUGCACGGCAUGGACGGCAUCCCUGCUGAGAUUAUUCAGGAGAAGCUGCAGCGUUUUCAACAGAAAGCAGACAAGAAAGCUAAUAGAAAGAGAGAGAGGGCUAACUGGGCACAGAAGCAGAAGCAGCAGAAGCAGCAGAAAGAGCAGCAGCAGAAGCAGCAGAAAGAGCAGCAGCAGAAGCAGCAGAAAGAGCAGCAGCAGAAGCAGCAGAAAGAGCAGCAGCAGAAGCAACAGAAAGAGCCAGCAGCAGAAGCAGUAGAGAUAAUUGAAUAUGUGUAUUCUGCCUUGUCUGUUGCAUCUGUGACAAUGGCGCCUGUUAGCUUAGAGCAUUUUAUAAUGCUGGCGCAGCAGGGGCAGCUGCCUCAGUUUGAAGGGGUGCCCCCGACGCCUGUUAUACCGGGCUUAGCAGCAUCUCUGCCUUCCUUUCCAAAUGCUGCAGCAGCUCCGCCCGCACUGCCGGCACCGCCAAAUCUGCAGGGUCUGUUAAGCCAGGCAACAGGGAUGCCGCUUCAAGGAAUGCCUGGGGCCCCUGGGGGCCCCCAGCAGCCACCAUUUGUGUACCCAAUGGGGGGCCCCCCGGGGCCCCACGGGUUGAUGCCUCCUCCACAGCAGCAGCAGCAGCACGGGGGUAUGCCAGGCGUUGGAGGAGGUGCUGCACCUCCUGGGUUAGGUCAGGGGCCCCCCCCUCAUACAAAAGCAGCAGGGGGGCCCCCAGGCCAAGGGGGGCCCCCUGCAGCAAGGGGGGGCCCCAGAAGCUCUACUGUACCCCCAGGGCCCCCGCCUGUCUUCUCAACACCGCCGCUGCCAGCGUCUACACGGCUUAUGUAUACGGAUGAUGCUGUACGUCAAUGCUGA